UUCAAAUCGGGGAGGAAACAGAAUUAAGCAAACGCCUCUCCCACACCGAAGCUUCCUCUGGGCCAUUAGGAAGCUCCCUGCGAAAUGGCCUAAAAACAUCUUUUUUAAUUAGCUGCUUGCCAUCCAUAUCUUCGGCCAUCAUGGAAUUGCUUGACUAUGGAGUUGUUGCCGCCGCAAUGACCAACUUCCCCUCCCUAAGAAGCGGCGGCGGCUAUUCAGCUCAGAACUUUCAAAUGGACUAUGAUGAUUCUUCUUUCGAUCUCUCCGACUAUUUCCUUGCCGAUGUCGAUCCCGCGGCAACACCGGCGCAGCAAGAGCUUCCUGCGGCUGUGCCUAUGGUCCCUUCCUCCGAACAAAAUUUGGUCCCUCCUGCCGUGACGGGGAACAAUAUCAGAGAUGCAUUGCCACCAUUGCCACGGAUGGAAGAAGGUUCUCGCAUCGCAUUCAGAACUCAGACCGAUGAAGAGAAUUUAGACGACGGCUUCAAGUGGAGGAAGUACGGGAAGAAGUCAGUCAAGAACAGUCCUAAUCCAAGGAACUAUUACCGAUGCUCGACGGAAGGAUGUUUGGUAAAGAAGAGGGUGGAAAGAGACAACGAAGACCCGAGCUAUGUAAUUACCACAUAUGAAGGAAUUCAUAAUCACAGCAGCCCCGGGGUUGUGUACUAUGCCACCCAGGAUAGCGUGUCGGGUCGCUUUCACUUAUCGGGUACACAGGUCUAAGGACCUUGUAGUACUAGUAAUAGGUUUUAGGGUCUUUUGCAAUAUCCAUGCACGGAUGUUCAUUGUUCCGAGUUACUACUGUGAGAGCUGAGACCUGCGUAGGGCUUCUGCUGUGCUUGAGCAAGCUGGUUUUAUAAUCUUUGAUCCAAACGGAUACCUAAAUAUAUUGUAUCUUUAUAUCUACAUCUGCAGGCUAUCUAGCUUUGCCACCUAAUUGAGUAGCUAGCAUGUCAACUUGAUUU